UCCUCCUGGCCUUCACUCUGGGAGAAGCCUUGGACCAGACCAAGGAGCUCCAAGAAGGACGCUGUGGCACUGCAGAAGGAAGAGGGGAGAAAGCAGGUCUGAGAGAUGCUUCGGCUCGUGGUGGAGUCAGCCCGGAUCAUCCCACCCAUAACCCCCCCACCCAGACCCUGCAUGACCGUCUACUUCAGAGAUGCCAAGAAGAGAACCCGCAUGGAGGAAGGGAAUAACCCCGUAUGGAAUGAGACCCUAAUCUGGCCCCUCUGGGACCAUCCACUGGAAAAUGACUCCUUCCUGCAAAUCAUCCUUCGGGACGUGGGCUCAAAAAAGAAAGAAAGGUUCAUUGGCCUGGCCACAAUACCGCUCAAGCCGUUGGUGAAACAACCAAGUGAGGUCCUUUUCGUGAAGGAUCUGACCCUGCUCAACCAUUCCAUGACAUCCACAGACUGUACUGUCACCCUGCAGGUGGCCCUUAUGACCAAGAAGGAUAUUGAGAAAACAGGGGAUGAAGACCUCCUGGGCUUAACCAUGAGAGAGGCGGCUAGGCAGAAGCUGCUGGUUCCCAGCUCCCCCGAGCAAAGGGCCCUGUCCUCAAAGCCUCAGCACUUUCAGGUUCGGGUAAAGGUGUUCGAAGCCCGACAGCUGAUGGGCAACAACAUCCAGCCCGUGGUGAAGGUGACCAUUGGGGGCCAGGAGCAGCACACACGGCUCAAGAUGGGAAACAACCCUUUCUUCAAUGAGACCUUCUUCCAGAAUUUCCAUGAGGUUCCUGCAAAGUUCUUUGAUGAGGUCAUCUCAAUCCAGGUGAUGAACUCCUCGGCAAUGCGAUAUAAAGCAGAGAUCGGGAGAUUCCAAACAGAUAUUGGGUAUAUCUACCAUUCUCCAGGUCACACACUCCUGAGGAAGUGGUUAGGCCUCUGCAACCCACACAAGCCCGGCAGUGGUGUGACAGGCUACCUGAAAGUCACCAUCUGUGCCCUCGGCGUGGGAGACCAGGCCUUGGUGGAUCAAAAGCUGCCCUAUGGGGCUGACGACACCAGUAUUCGGAUCUUCAAGUCAGCCGCAGCCCCCAUCCACGCGGCUUACCUGCAGUUCUUCAUCUACUGCGCGGAGGACCUUCUUCUCAAGAAAAACCUCUCAGUGAAUCCUAUGUUGGAGGUGGAACUCAUUGGGGAAAAGCUCAAGACAAACGUGCAGACCAAAACCGAGAACCCGAUAUGGAACCAGAUCCUGACCUUCCAGAUUCAGCUGCCCUGCCUGUCCAGCUACAUCAGGUUCCGAGUCCUGGACUGCUCUGCGAAAAACUGCCAGGAUGAGAUCGGCACUGCCAGCCUGUACCUCAACCAGAUCUCGUCCACCGGAGAGGAGCUCGAAGGGAUGUUCUCUGGCUUCCUACCCUGCUUCGGCCCCAGCUUCCUGACUCUCCAUGGGGGUAAAAAGGCCCCUUUCAGGAUCCAGGAUGGCACUUGUAUCCCCGACUCUGUUAGGGACGGCUUGGCAUAUCGGGGCCGAGUCUUCCUGGAGUUAAUCACCCAAGUCAAGUCCCAUCAAGACUCUAGGAUGAAGGAUCUCUCCCAGGAAGUGACCAGGAUAGAGAAGCACCAGAACCGCCAAAAGUACGGGCUGUGCGUCGUCUUCCUCUCCUGUACCAUGAUGCCCAACUUUAAGGACCUGAUUCAGUUCGAGGUCAGCAUCGGCCACUACGGAAACAAGACGGACCUGGGUUACAAGCCUCUAGUCUCAACCACGCAGUACAGCCCAGUGAUACAUGACGGGGACAUCUACCAUUAUGUGCCCUGGUACAACACCAAGCCUGUCGUGGCCGUGACCUCCAACUGGGAGGACGUCAGCUUCCGCAUGAACUGCCUCAACCUCCUCCACUUCACUCGGGACCGCCUGAAAGCCAACCUGGACACCCUGAAGUCCAUGCGGAAUCCGAGGGACCCGGCUCUGCUCCACCAGUGGCAGAAGCUGCUCAGGGAGUUGGUGGAGGACUGCAAGCGCCCUCUGCCCUGCAUGACCGAUCAGCCCAAAGCCACUGACCUAGACAGGAAGAGGUGGCAUCUCCGCAGUCUGCUGCUGGUGGAACUGGCCCAAAAGGCCAAGGAAGCCAAGCCCAGGGACAUGGUGGCCACCGUGGAGGGCUGGCUGCACCGCCUCAAUGCCGUGCUCCCCGAGCCACAGAUGAGCCUCCCGGACGUGAUGAUCUGGCUGAUGGCCAAGGAGGAGCGAGUGGCCUACGCCCGGGUGCCCGCGCACACCAUCCUGUUCUCCCCGGCUGGGCCCCUGCACUCCGGCAGGUUCUGUGGGAAGAUCCAGUCGCUCCUCCUGCAGUACCCAGAGGGCGAAGGACAGCCGGACACGCUCCCGGCCCACCUGAGGGUCUGCAUGUGGCUCGGCAACGUCACGGACAGCAAGGAGCUGCAGCUGCUGCGCAAGGGCACCAUGGUGGUGUACGCCGAGACGUACGAGAAUCAGGCCAAGUAUAAAGACCAGUGGGGACAGCAGGGGCUGUAUCGCUGCCCCAACUUCUCGGACGUCACGGGGCAAAAGUCUGUCCCCAAAACAGAUUUCAAGGUGCCCGUGGGAUGGCACUGGCAGGACAGCUGGAGAGUGGAGCCCCAGAGGAGACUCCUCCUGGACACGGACAUCAACAAGAGCCAAGUGCUGGAGGAGGUGUACGAGAACCAGGUCCGCAACGCUGCAGGCGCCUGGGUGCCCGCCGCCACCCCCAACACAGACGUGAACGGGGAGCCUGUGGAGGCCCGGGAGAAUGUGAAGUGCCCCCAAGGCUGGCACUUUAAGAAGAACUGGAUCGCAGAGCUGAACCACGCGGUGGACAGUGAGGGCUGGGAGUACGGAGUGGGGAUCCCACCCUCCGGCCUGCCCCACGUCUGGAGCUCAGUGGAGAAGACCUACCAUUCGUGCCGCCGGCGGCGCUGGGUGCGUGUGCGCUUCCGGAACCACACGGAGCUGAGCAAGGAGCAGGAGACCCUCUCCUUCCUGCAGCUGCAAGGCCCCGACCUGGCCAAGGAGGAGGGCUGGGAGUACGGCACCUUCGGCUCCAAGUUCCACCUAGACCCUCAGCCCCAGAGCCGGUUCCGUCGCCGCUGCUGGCACCGCAGGCUGGCCCCCAACAAGGACAAGGGCGUGGCACCCAUAUUCCUCCUGGAGGGAUCCCUGGCUAUGGAUCUAAAACAGCAAACCAAGAAGGAAGAGGACAGCAAGUCGUGGCGACGGUCCAUCGGGGAAUCUUGGAAGCGGGCCCCAGAGGACACCCGGCCCCCCCCCAUGCCCUUCAUCUACUACACCUUCGACAAGCCCCACUACUACCAGCUCUUCUGCUACAUCUACCAGGCCCGGGACCUGACGUCCAGCCAGAGCCCGGCGUUCCAGGGGCCCUUCAUCCGGGUGGUUUUCCUGAACCACAGCCAGCGCACCCAAAUGCUGGGGAGCUCCGCAGCCCCUACCUGGGCCCAGACACUCAUCUUCCAGCACCUCCUCCUGUACGAGAACCCCGAGGACACCAGGGCCAGCCCGCCGCUCGUGGUGCUGGAGCUGUGGCAGCAGGACUCCUGGGGCAAGGAGAGCUUGUGGGGACGGAGCAUGUGGCCCCCGCUGGUCUGGCUGGAUCUCCAAGACAGGAGCCUGCGCCCCAUGAGGUGGCACCCCCUUGUCAGAGAGCUGGGGGAGGAAGAGGGCGAGAUCUUGGCAUCCUGUGAGCUGAUCCUCGAGACUGAGAAGCUGAGAGAGAAGCACAUGCCAAUCCUGAGCGUCCCCUGGAAGAAUGGGAUCUGCACGCUGCCCAAGAGCAUCCAGCCCACACUGAGGAAGACGGCCAUCGAGGUCCUGGCCUGGGGCCUCCGGAACAUGAAGGUGGCGAGCUCCCCGCAGCUCCUGGUGGAGUGUGGGGAAGAGACCCUGAGGACUGAACCCAUCAGGGACUUCCAGACCAAUCCCAACUUCCCCGAGCCCACCCUCUUCUUCACGGUGUUCAUGCCUACAGAGGAGGCCUACGCACUGCCCCUGGUGCUGAAGGUGGAGGACAACUGGUACUUCGGCCGGAGGACCGUGGUGGGCCAGGCCAGGGUGGACUUCCUGCAGCCCUACUUCUGUGACCCCUGGGCUCAGCACUACGUGGUCCCGCGGCCUCCAGUGCUGUCCAUCAAGAAGCGGCAGCACUUCCUAGGGUACUUCUACGAAAAGUUCUGGUACAAGUCCACCAAAACCGAGGAGGAAUACGAGCACGAGGUGGAUUGGUGGAGCAAGCUGUUCUGGGCCACGGGGGAUGAGCACAAGUCCCUGAAGUACAAGUACAGAGACUACCACACCAUAAAGGUGUAUGACUGCGAGCUGGAGGCUGUGCCUGCCUUCCAAGGCCUGCAGGACUUCUGCCAGACCUUCAAGCUCUACCAGGAGCAGCCCAGGCUGGACAGCCCCGUGGUGGGCGAAUUCAAGGGUCUCUUCCGCAUCUACCCUUUUCCUGAGAACCCGGAUGCCGCAAAGCCCCCACGCCAGUUCUCAGUUUGGCCUGACAGAGAGGACUUCCCUCAGUCGUGCCUGGUGCGGGUGUACGUGGUACGAGCCAUCAACCUGCAGCCCCAGGACUACAACGGCCUGUGUGACCCGUACGUGGUCCUGAAACUGGGGCAGAUGACGCUCGGCAACCGGGACGUGUACCAGCCCAACACCGUGGAUCCCGUCUUUGGCAUGCUGUUCGAGCUCACCUGCAACAUCCCCCUGGAGAAGGACCUAGAGGUCCAGCUCUACGACUUCGACCUGCUUUCCCCUGAUGACAAGAUCGGCACGACAGUCAUCGACCUAGAAAACCGGCUCCUGUCUGGCUUUGGGGCUCGCUGUGGGCUCUCCAAAUCCUACUGCCAGUCAGGGCCCUUCAAGUGGCGGGACCAGAUGCCCCCAAGCUACCUCCUGGACCGCUACGCCAAGCGGAAGGGGCUGCCUCCGCCUGUGUUCAAUGCCGACGAGGACUCCGUUUUUUACAACGGGAGAACAUUCAGGCUGAAAAGCUUUGAGCCCAAGACCCCUAACAUUCACGGCCUAGGCUCUAAGAAGGAACGUCUUGCCCUGUACAUCCUGAACACCCAGAGGCUGGUACCUGAGCACGUGGAGACCCGCACGCUGUACAGCGACAGCCAGCCGGGCAUCGACCAGGGAAAGGUACAAAUGUGGGUGGACAUCUUCCCCACGAAGCUGGGGCCUCCUGGCCCCCCGGUCAACAUCAGCCCUAGAAAGCCGAAACGGUACGAGCUGCGCUGCGUCAUCUGGAAAACCGCCAACGUGGACCUGAUGCGUGACACCUUGAGUAAAGAGAAAACGAGUGACAUCUACAUCAAAGGGUGGCUCUACGGGCUGGAGAAGGAUGUGCAGAAGACGGACAUCCACUACCACUCCGUGACUGGGGAGGCCUACUUCAACUGGCGCUUCAUCUUCACCAUGGACUACCUGGCGGCGGAGCGCGUGUGCGUCCAGAGCCAGAAGGAUUACAUCUGGAGCUUGGACCCCACCUCGAUGAAGUUCCCAGCGCGGCUCAUCAUCCAGGUCUGGGACAAUGACGUCUUCUCCCCUGAUGACUUCAUAGGGGUCCUGGAGCUGGAUUUGUCCGAUAUGCCGUUGCCGGCCCGCCACGCCAAGCAGUGCACCAUCAAGAUGAUGGAGGCCGACCCCAAGUGGCGCCACUUCCUGCGACACAAGCACUUCUCCCUCUUUACGAAGAGGACUGUAACUGGCUGGUGGCCUUGCCAGGCCUCAGACGGUGGCAAAUGGCGCCUGUCGGGCAAGGUGAAGAUGACCCUGGAGAUUCUGUCCGAGAAGGAAGCCUCCAUCAAGCCAGCCGGGCGAGGCCAGUCAGAACCCAACCAAUACCCUACCCUCCAACCUCCCCCCCGCAUCUACACCUCUCUCAUGUGGCUCCGGUCACCUAUUCGAUAUUUCUGCCACGUUUUCUGGAAACGCUACCGCUUCCAAAUCAUCCUCCUCUCGGCCAUAGCGACUAUAGGGCUUAUGCUGUUCAAUUUCAUCUAUUCAGCCCCGCACUACUUGGCCAUGACCUGGGUCAAGCCUGAACUUCGGCUGAAUCCUCCCAUCAGCAUAGUCAAUCUCAUCACGUCACUCAACACCAGCAAUGACAGUUCCACCAUCCUCACCACCCAGGAUCCGAACCUAAAGUCUACAACACACCAACAGCUGAACUCCUCCCGGAGCACAAGAAUCAUCUGAGUGAUUGUUCCAGAACUUCCAGCCCCGCGGGACUAACUCACGUGCUGCAUGCCCGCCUUCCCCUGCCUAGACCAGCUCCACCCUUGGACUGCCCACCGGUUCCUUGUUUCCGUCUCUAGGACACAUGUGAGGGGCGAGGGGUGAGGGGCACCCUGGCUACGCUGUUCAGAAAGCCCUUCCGACAAGGACAGCAGAGCUGCAGUUUCCCACUGAAAUAAACACGUUCCGUAACAGAGCCAUCUUGUAAUCUGAGAGGCUGAGAAAGGCUAAAGAAAAAAACUUCAAAGUGGGACCAGCACC